UUCACACACAAACACAAUAUGGUUGGCAAUUGGAACAAACGAACUAUUUUAUGGUAUCUCACAUUCACUGGUAACUUAAUAUCAACUAUUGUCAUGACAAACAUCAAUAUUGCCAUUGUCGGAAUGGUACGACAAACAUCAAUUUUCAACAAUAAUGAGCUUGCGAGCGAGUGUGUAUCGUUGUCACAAGUGAACAAAAGUAAUCUAAUAUCGCAUUCAAACAACACUAAUGGAAAUUUUUCUUGGAAUGACGCCCAACAAAGCACACUACUCGGCUCGUUCUCGUGGCUGUUGUGGGUGACGCUGGUGCCAGGUGGCAUGCUUUCCGCUAAAUACGGGUCAAAGGUGAUCUUUGGAACGGCUAAUUUAAUGAUGUCCUUGCUGGCGUUCGUCAUGCCUGUUGCAGCGUACGAGGGAUUGGGCACAUUAAUUGCCGUCCGGGUAGCACAGGGAAUGAUGGAUGGUUUGGGGAAUUCCUGCAUGCACACGAUUGCUUCGAAAUGGAUUCCGGAAAAUGAGCGAAGUUGGUUCAUGGCCACUUAUGUGGGAGGCAAAUCACUCGCAGUGGUAUUGGCUUAUCCCUUUUUCGGAUGGAUAAUUGAAGUGAGUAGGUGGGAGAACGUCUUUUACUUAUCCGGUAUCAUAGGGGUUGUGUGGUGUAUGUUUUGGUAUUGCUUUAUGUAUGAUACGCCAGCGCAGCAUAAAGGGAUUCGAAGAUACGAAUUGGAAUACAUUGAGUCAAUGGUAGGUCUCAUGAACCCUGAUUUGAGUCCUCACACACCAUGGAUACCGAUAUUGAUGUCACCACAAGUAUGGCUAAACCUCCUGCUGUGCUUCACAAAUGUCUUCGCUCUAAGUUUCCUCCUCAUUUACAUUCCCAUGUACUACACCAUCAUCCACGGCAUCGACGUGCAAUCGAGUGCGAUCCUAUCUGGCACCACUCACAUUUUUCGAUUAAUUUUCGCCAUUGGUUUUUCCAUUUAUUUUGAUCGCCUUAUCGCACACGAAACACUCUCGCGCACUCUGGUACGGAAAAUCGCUACAGGUUGCUGCACCAUCGGCACCGGGAUUGCCCUCUUCAUUGCCGGAUAUUCCGGAUGCAAUUUCAUAUCGGCCGCAAUCUUCAUAACCAUCGCAAUUGCCAGCACGGGUUUCUGUAAUUCAUCAUUUUUCGCCACAAUGGUUGACAUUGCGCCGAAUUUUGCGGGCAUCAUCAUGGCUGUGGCCAGUACCUUUUCCACGUUUGCGGUGUUGCUGUUGUCAUCGUUCGUGGCAUGGGUCAUCGGCGACGGCGAUGGACAAACUGUCGAAAAUUGGAAGGUAAUUUUUACCGUAACUGCCGUUAUUAGCAUCGUGCCAGGCAUGUUAUUUAUCGCCUUCGGAAGUGCUAAAAUGCAGACGUGGAAUUACACGACGACGGCGACGAGGACGGAUGAGCGCGAGGAAUGUGACGAACGUACGCCAUUAGUUUAUUAGCAGCAUUUUUGAAGCGUUAAUUUAUGUUUUUUUCACCGUGCGAGCUAACAAAACGGAAAAAGUUCGAUAAUAAUGGAGACUCUGCCUUCACACGCACGCAAAACAAUAAAUUUUACUUCUUUGGAAAUAAAUCUAAGGCACGUUUUUUCAUCUCUAUUCACUUUUUUUCACUUGCUGGGCUCACAAAGCACUAGUUUU